AUGGCGGAGGAGGAGCGGAUCCUGGUGUCGGUGCGGCUGCGGCCGGUGAACGCCCGGGAGGCGGAGCGCGGCGACGGCUCCGACUGGGAGUGCGCCGGUCCGACCACGCUCAUGUUCCGCGGCAACAUCCCCGAGCGUGCCAUGUUCCCCGCCACCUACACCUACGACAGGGUGUUCAAUCCGGAGUGCAACACGCGGCAGGUGUACGAAGAAGGGGCCAAGCAGGUGGCCCUAUCGGGGCUCAGCGGCAUCAACUCAAGCAUAUUUGCGUAUGGUCAGACGAGCAGUGGGAAGACGUAUACAAUGGUCGGCAUCACGGAGCAUAGCAUGUCAGACAUCUACGACCACAUUGACGAGCAUCCCGAGAGGGAGUUCGUCUUGAAAUUUUCAGCGAUGGAGAUAUACAAUGAAGCAGUGAGGGAUCUCUUGAGCCCCGACGCAACACAACUAAGACUUCUUGACGAUCCAGAGAAAGGAACUGUGGUAGAGAAACUCACGGAGGAAACUCUUAGGGACAAAGGUCAUCUCUUGGAGCUCCUUGCAGUUUGUGAAGCUCAAAGACAGAUUGGGGAAACUGCUUUGAAUGAAACAAGCUCCAGAUCUCAUCAGAUACUCAGACUGACCAUAGAGAGUUCGGCAAAGCAGUUCAUGGGACGAGGCAACUCAAGCACACUUAUGGCUUGUGUGAAUUUUGUUGAUUUAGCCGGAAGUGAGCGCGCCUCUCAGACGCAGUCAGCUGGUAUGAGGCUAAAGGAGGGCAGCCAUAUUAAUAGAAGUCUGCUUACACUUGGAAAGGUCAUUCGGCAACUCAGCAAGGGGGGAAAUGGCCAUAUACCUUACAGAGAUUCAAAGCUCACUCGAAUCCUACAGUCAUCUUUGGGCGGCAACGCAAGAACUGCCAUUAUCUGCACGAUGAGCCCAGCACAAUGCCACAUCGAGCAAUCUAGGAACACACUUCUGUUCGCAAACUGUGCAAAAAACGUAGUUACUAAUGCAAAAGUUAACGUGGUGAUGUCAGACAAGGUGUUGGUGAAGCAUCUUCAGAGAGAACUUGCAAGGUUAGAGAACGAGCUGAAAUUACCUGGAUCAGUCUCUUGCAGCACUCACGCUGAGAUUUUGAGAGAGAAGGAUGAACUGAUUAAACAGCUGGAAGAACAGUUGAAGGAAUUGAUGGAGCAAAGAGACACCGUUCAAUCUCAACUUGACAAUUUUCGCAGGGUUGCAAGUGAGGGAAAUAUCAGUGACCGCACAACAAGGCGAUGGGAUGAACAUAACCGGUCUUCAGACUCCCUUCCACGUAAUGUGUCUGAAGACUUGCUUUCUUCUUCUGAUACUUAUGAUGCAAUCUAUGAAGAUCAAACGAUGGAUGAACAUUCAGUGCCUAAUUUGCAUCAACCAAGAGGCCACAUUUCUAAUAGCAUAGAAACAUUUCAAGCAAACAUCAUGCCUUCAUCUGAGCUAACUGAGGAGCAUUGCAAAGAAGUCCAGCACAUCGAGACAAAUGAGCUCAUGAGGAGUCAAGCAUUCUUUCCUGCUGAUCAUGAUGGCACAAACAAUGAUGAAGGGAAGCAUGGUGAAAGCAUGGUAGACACAACAGACAGUGCCAUCAAACUCUAUACAUGUGAUUCUGACCCAUCUUCUGAUACUGAUACUGAAAAACCUAACAAUGACGAAUCUUUGGCCCUGAAGAGGUGUGUUAUAAGCUCCAGGGACAGUGUACUGACUAGAAGUAAAAGUUGCAGAGCUAGUUUCAUGGUCAUUCCAAAUAGUUGGUUUGAUGAUUCAAUGGAUAUGAAAAUAACAACACCAGGUGACAUUUUCAAAUAUGCUCCUAUAAGGCCAGAGAAGGUAAGGAGGAGCUUGUAUCCUGAAAACGUUGCAUCUGACACAGUUGUAGACAAGAACACUUGCAAUGACGAAGAGGAAGGCUCCAUAAAUGACAUCAGCUGCAUUCCAGAAGUGAAAGAGAAGAUAGAAGAGUGCCAUUUUUCGGACAUGAAAAACGCCGAAGAUGUUGGCAUCGCAAGCACUGUUGACUCUCCUUCACGGUGGCCUAUUAAUUUUGAGAAAAAACAGAAGGAAAUCAUUGAGUUAUGGCAUGAAUGCAAUGUCUCUAUAGUACACAGGACAUAUUUCUUCCUCCUCUUCAAGGGCGACAACGCAGAUAGUAUCUACUUGGAAGUGGAGCAUAGAAGAUUGUCCUUCAUUAAAGGUUCUUUCAGAGCUGGGUUUGAGGAUAGUGCUACCGUUGCAUCAAGCCUAAGAAAUGUCCGGCAUGAAAGAGACAUGCUCUACAGGCAAAUGCUAAAGAAACUGCAUCUUCUAGAAAGAGAGAGCCUUUACACCAAGUGGGGGAUUGAUCUGAAUUCUAAGCAGCGAAGGCUGCAGCUAUCGCGUCGCGUCUGGACACAGACUGACAUGGAACAUGUGAGGGAAAGCGCAGGUCUUGUCGCAAAGCUGGUAGAUCAUCUGGAGAAGGGGCAGGUCAUCAAGGAGAUGUUUGGGUUGAGCUUCACACUGAACCCACGAUCUGACCGGAGAUCUUUCAGCUGGGUUGGUGCACGCUCCUAAGUCCUAACUGAGCAUUGCUGCAAUGAUGAUGAUGAUGAUACGAUGACUCGAUGUCCGCAUAGUGGAUAAUAUCUCUUAUCAGGAGAGGAGAUGAAUGAACUCAACCCAG